CAUGGCGUCAUCAUCGCGUGUUGACAUUCCCAAAAGACACGUUUCUCGCGAAUCCAUCGCAUCAACAGUCGAUUUUGAGGAUGUAAUCAGCAGCAGUGAGUCUGGAGAAGAUGUUGACUCAUCAGAUUUCAGCACCGAUGACGAAGAUGCGUCAAGUCAAGCUGCAACGUCCAGCAGGGUCUCAACGUCCUACGGACAUGAUUCCUUGCCGGCAUCUGUCAAGCGUGUACAGUUUCUGCCGAGACGAAACCCGGGGGUCGAAGUCGGCGGCGCGCUCCGGAGUAAUGCGCGGGACUUCGUCCGGGCCGUCGAUUUCUUCCAGUUUUUCACCAUGCAGCUGAUCAGCAUGAUCUUGUCAUGGACUCGGAGCAGACAGACCCCGUCCGCGAUGGCAAGCUGCACAGGAUAGCAAACCUACUGCAGCACAUCAAUGACGUGUCUUGUCAGCUUUUUCAGCCGUAC